GGUCGGGUGGAAACACGCUCCAUCUCAAGUAGUCGGGUCAAAAAAGGCAAGCUCGCGAUCCUUCUCGGUGUGCCCGCUGCGCUGCCCUCGCACUCUUCCGACCUCGACUUCUGCUCUUUCCCUCGCCCCAGACGCUCCAUGGAGACCGCCUCCUUCUUCCCGGUGGAUCCGCAGAUCCCCAUCGACUUCAAGAUCCGCAAAUCCCUCACCGGCCACGGGUUAACCGUCCGCGACGCCCAGGGCAGCCUCGCCUACCGGAUCUGCGCCCCCCGGCGCCUCCGCUGCUCCUCUUCCUCCGCCCCCAAUCCUCGCCUCACCAAGACCCUCUUCGACGCCGCCGGCAAUCCCUUGAUCAGCGUCGUCUAUCACAACGAUGAGUGGCACGGCUACAGAGGGAACAGCCAGGAACUGAAGGAUUUGAUUUUUACAGUGAGAAAGAUAUUAUACUCUCCAUUUGAAACUGAGCUACACGUGUUCUUAUCAAGCACGAAUAUAGGUGACCAAAAACCAUGUUUUAGACUCAAAGGCAACCCUUUUCGAAGAGCAUGCACCAUAAUAAGUGGGAAUUCGACUGUGGCUCAGACAAGUCUCUUGUACAAACUGAGGAAGAUUAUUUAUUCAAGGCAUAAGUUUCGACUUACUGUUUAUCCUGGAAACGAUUGUGUUCUUGUCAUCGCGAUGCUCAUGGCUUUCUUUUGGAAGUAACCUGCUAACGGAGGGCUAAACGUUGGUGAUGCAGUUGUAAGGAGUUCUCAUUCCUCCACAAGUAAUCUCCUGAGCCAGGUUGAUUGGGCAAUUCAUUGAUUUUUCUCAUGAAUGAUGUCUUAUCACUGGACUGCAAAUUGUUACUGGGGGCAUUUUGAAUGUACUGUAAAUAGUUCCAUUAUCACAUCGAGUAAAGAUUUAUCCAUUUAACCUUGGCCUUCCCAGUUUGUUAUGUCCGUGCACUAGAUAAGAGGCCCAAGGACAUUAUUUGCUGUGAAGAAAUUGGACGGUAAUCAAUACAAGAUUCGGUUUAUGUUUUGCCUGGGUGCUUUACCUAUUUCUGAAUCCUGCUCUAGACAAGGUGUACUCCAGUCGACAAGUGCAGACCUGAAACACACCAAUUCCUUCCGGAUGAACGAAGGCAAAAAUCUGUUGCUUGAUAAGCAAUACAUAAAAAAAUCUGUUUCUUGAUAAGCGAUGUGUUGAAGUUGUUGGAUGUUUUCUCAGGAGGCAAAAACUCAUGUUCUUGCUAAGAGCUUAUUUGUGAUGUGAAAUCUAUGGAACUUUAUGGUUCUGAAAGUUUUAGAAGCAGGUCUUUGUAAAAUAUGGAUCCAAUGAAUUAAACCUGCUAUAGGGUGGAUUAAGUUGAAUGAUGAUGAGACUUAUGAUGAUCAGGUCUAAAAAGGGUGGUGUUGGUUUCUAUUGUCUGAUAGUAAUGAUGUAUGUCUACUGACAAACUGCAGGAUUUUCUUGGAAGAGAGGAGUAGAUACAAUGGGCUAAUGGCCAUUUGAUGGGAUCAAGCCAGCUAUCACAGAGGGCAUUCAAUGCCUUGAAAUUGAAUCUGAUGAUGCUGACUUGGUGCAAGUUUUGAACAGGGAGGAACCAGCCCCAUGGUGUCUGACUAACAGUUUUAGAAACCUUAUUUGUUGGCUAAACAAGUUUCAAUAUGUAAAGAUUCUUCAUAUUUAUAAGGAAUGCAAUAGAUGUGGGCAUUGCCUAGCUGCCUAUAAAUUUUGUUUC